AUGAAGGUCUGGAAACUGGUCAUAGCGAUAUUAAUUGUAGUAAUUGUACUACUAGCUCUCUUCCUUCUUUCGUUGUUUGCAAAAGUAAAAGUCGAACAAAAACCAUUUUUAGAACAGAAAAUUGUAUAUCGAAUUGUUAAAGGCGAUUUAAACACUCUAAAACACGAACAAAGUAUAUAUAAUAAACGAGCCAGAAGUUUAUUUGGUCGAGAUAUGAAGAAUUGGCCAACUUUCAGAAUUUUAUUCCCAACAGACAAAAACUAUGGUGUUUUCGGAAUUCUUGUGCCUCAAACAUUUCAUAUUGAAGAGGAUUGCCUUCAAGAACUAGGCUUUGUUUUCGGAGUUCUCGACUUUAUUCCUGACACAGUUAAUAUAGAGUUACCGAUGAGGAUUAAAUCAUCGAUCUGCUUAAGCCGAAUGAGGUGCAUGAAUAAGAUUGCUACAAUUUCUAAAACAGCAACUUAUGCUGAAAUUCAUGAUUGGAAGAGAAGAAGAAUAUCAUUUGUUAUUGUUAAAGGCGAUUCUAAUGGGCUUUGGAUCCCGCAAUGA